AAGUGAUUGGGACCAAUUAACAACUUUAAUUGUCUAGAAAUUACAAUCAAUUAGCACAAGUGUGUCUUCUAUCUAUCUUUGAUCUCCUUAUCUUCAAAGAUAUUCUGUUUGCAAAGUAUAAGCUGUGAAUAGUUUAGGUGUGAACAAUAUAUUGUCUAUGGGUAUAUAUGGAUGGGAUGAACCUCAGAUAAAUAUAUAUCUAACAUUUGAACAUCUAAUAUUUGAAUUAAAACACUACAACAUUAUCAAGAUGGAACUUGUACAAGUAGCUAACACUCUGAGACAUCAGUUGAUUGCUCUUGAUAACAGUGAACACAAUAAAGCUGAAAUAGACCAUAUGUUGAAGUUACUGGGAGCCAGCUACUUUAAAGCUGAGAUGUUGGACAACCAGUUCCAGCAGCUACACCUGGCCCUGAGGUUGUCAGUCACUGAGGGAGUGCAACAAAUGUUCCAGACAUAUAUAACAAACAAAGAGAUGCAGGUUCAAAAUACAGCAGAAACUAUCAAAUCCAGUCUGGAAGACGGACAAACACCAGUUAUGACAUCAUUGAUGACAUCACCACCAACAUCAUCAUCAGUUGGAAGAACCAGACCUGACAGAUCUACCACAGUGUGGGUCAACAUGGACAUCGAAACAUACAGAUCCAGUUAACAAAAUAUGUUGAAUAUGUGCUACAAUACCAGUAAAUACUGUUGUAAAAACAAUUGUUAUGGUACUAUGUUAUGAUGAUGUGCUCUGUACAAUACUUAUAUAACAAAGAAUAAAAAAAGUAUAAACAA